ACGUAAUUGUUAUUGUGCCAGUUCAGCAUCUGUGUGUAGGCUUGUGCGCUUUUUCUCUUUCUCGCACGUCGAAGACAGAAUAAGGAGACGCUCCCAGCGACGACUAAAGCUUAAAGGAAGGCAGACAAACUUGGAGAGGGUCGUGUGGUAACUACACAUCUCGCCCGAGUCGGUGGGAAGUUCAGGAGAAGAGAAUAAUCCUUACACCGGAAAGUUACUCCCCCGGGGGCUACUUUUGGCGGGCCUCCUUUGUUUCACGAACUUUUGUGACCUCACUAAGACCACAGUACCACACACUGUAACUUACAUACACAUAGAGUAGUACAUUGGACUGGUGUAUCAUACAGUUGACGUUUAGUAAUAGUCCCUGUUAGUCGUUUCAUGGCUCCUUCCUCUCUGACCUGCAACAACGCUUCACCGCUCCCACUGGCCCUCGCUCCCCCUCAUCACGUACCCAGAAACCCCUGUCACGUCAAGCUCACCGCCUUUCCUUGCUUCCAUCGAGCCUUCCACAGUAACUGUUGCUGGAACAUUAGUUGCUAAACGGAGCCUCUGAAACGUUUGGAUUGCACUUAUUCUACUGCGUCGAAGAGUGUGAAAGACACACAUAUCCAGAGAUAGAAGGAAAAGAAAAAAAGAAAAGGAAGAAGAUGAAGUUGUUUGAGAAUGCUAAACUGGACCGGAUCAGCACUGCUCUGUGUAUGAACACGGCCGACUGCAAGAUUAGGGGACGGGUUGAGAGCUACUCGUGCAAGAUGACCAAAGCGGAGAAGAAGAUCCGAAAGCAGAUCAGCCAUCAGGACAGCAACCCAGGAGUCCAGGCUCUCUCUCCCCCUCAACCCUACGGCUCGCCGCUCGCCUACCCACUUCACGGGAGCCCUCUGGCUCCGGUCUACGUCAGAAUGCCGAGCUGUACCAGCACCACAAGCACCACCCUCUCAGAGCCUCACAUGUGCGACAUAAUCAGCACUGCGACGCUGCUCUACCUGCGACAGACCCUCAACCUAUCGUUUCACCCCGACUACGAUUUCUCCAACGCCAAGUCGGAGGAGUUUAGUCGAGAGCCUGACCUGAAGGUAGUGAUGGAGGCCGUGCAGAGCAAGCUGUCCGGGGCAGCCAGAGAGCGCUUCUCCCACGUGGAGGGACAACUGUGGGCUGUGGUGGAUGAGGUAAUUCAGCUGGGAGACUGCGAGAUUUACAGCUACAACCCUGAUUUGGACUCUGACCCCUACUGUGAAGACGGGAGCCUGUGGUCGUUCAACUACUUCUUUUUCAACAAGAAGGAGAACAAAAUGGUGUUCUUUACCUGCUGUGCCACCAGCUAUCUAGCUGACACGGACUCCCUCAGUGAAAGUGACUGUGAAGACCUCCUUGAAGAGGACAUGCAAUUUGAUUUUGCUACCUGAGACCUGAGACCUCUCCCCCCUACCCAUCCUUUCUGCACACGCAUACACCCAACACUACUCCUGCACAACAGACAGACUUCCUACUAUUGCGCCGUCUACUGUUACUUCAUGCAUAUUAUAUCACAGCCCUGCAAAUCCUGGAAACAGAAAUAAAAAAAUGGACCUGUAACCAGUUCAAUAUGCCAUCUUCUUAUUCAAUAUACUGUAUAUUAUGUGUAUACUCCAAGAAACAGUUUUUAACCCCUACACUCGUUUUAUAGCCGUCAUGUGUCACAAUGUAUCACCACUAUUUUGUGUAUCAGUCGAAAAUUGUCAGAGGUUUUAUAUAUAAAAAAAGUCUGUUCUUUCAACAAUGAACAUCACAUUUACAAGUGAUAAUACGGACGGACAUAUAAUCUUCACAUUAUAGAGAGAACACCUCGUACAAAGUAUUGUGAAUUAUAGGAAUGUGAUUGUCAUGCACACAAACACAAAAAGGAAACAAGUACAAACGGAGAAAAAAAAAUUGUGCACUCUGUUGUUACCUAUGACAUGAACUGGUGGUGGUUUGAAGUUUAGUUUUUUAGCAGAUUUUUUCGUUUUUUUUGGAGGUUUUUCAGAGGUGUGACAUAGAGGGUGCUGGCAGUAGACAACGUGCAGAUUCUCACGAAAAAAGAAGACCAGAACGCGAUGAAAAACAGACAAACAGUUAUAAACUCGACCCAAGGGUUUUCUCUGGUUUGAUCUUGUGUGAUGCGAGAGAAAGGGGAGGUGGGCGAGGCGGGCGGUUGUUGUCGAGUCAGGAGUUUUCAGGCGACCACACCUCUUCGCCUCUCUCCAGGGCUUGAGCUCGGCGCUUCCACUGGUUCCUCUCCUCCCCCAGCGACCUCACCCGAUCGUUUAGCUGCGCCACUUGUAGCUUAAGCUCGUCCCGCUCCUUCUCAAGCGUGUUCUUCUGCGAGACUCGGCGGACCCUCGAGUUGUACGCGUAGCCGCGGUUCUUGAGCGUCCUCCGUCGCUUUUUCAGCUGCUUGAUCACGUCGUCCGGGAGAUCCCGGCAGAUUCGGUUGAGGUCUCUGGCCGAGAAGCUGACGAGCUGUUCUUCGGUGAGUCCCUUUAUGUUCACCUCGCCCAGAUCGAUGGGUUGGGAGUCGAGGUGGGAGGAGAGAUCCAAGGAGCCGUCGUCGCUCCUCGGGCUGAACGGGGAGGCCAGGGGGCUGAGGGUGGAGCUGACGAGGCACUCUGCUCCGGGAGUCGGCGGCUGGGAGAGGGUUAGAGGCGGCUGCUGACCGCCGGGAGUGUACUGUCCGUCCAUAGGCCAAUAAGCGCGCUGUGGUCGUGGGGCGAAAUCGAAAAAGCCGUGUGAAUUAGGUUCAGGCUUCACGGGCACCGCGGCGUGCGCGCCGACGAGAAACGGUGGUUUCUGCAGAUGGCCGCCGGGCAGCGCAAGUGUAGGAGUAAACGGAUCAAUGUCUGGCGGCAGGUAAUGGUCAAAACCUGGAUCGAAGAAGCCUCCCGGAACAACUGCAGUGCUCUCCGAGUGGUGUUUCAGCGUGUGGCCGGCCAGCCCUGUGUCGUGAAUAGCCGCCGACUGCCCGAUGCGGUGACAGCAAGACGGAGAGUCCCAUCAUCCCCGCUUUUCUUAGCCCAGCCACCUUAGCUCCCUCUCUACUACGCGAUGACGGAAUGGUACCGUGACCCAGAAACCGUCAGAGUCCUCUACGGUCUGACUGUAUCCAACGGCAUCGUUAAGAAACUCUCAUCAGGCGUGGCCGAAUCAAGUGUAGCUGGAACGAUUGGUGUUUUGGUGACACCGUCUCUCUAUCCACUAGACCAGUUUACUCUAGCUCGCGAUGUCCAGCCGGGAUUUAACUCCCUCAUCGACUCCGUUAGCAGAAGCCAUGAAUUCCUGACCAGCGCCUUGGAGAAUGUGUUGGAGACGGACAGUUUUACCAGGAGGCUCUUUGAAAUUUACAAGAAAACUCGCCAGGACAACCAACAGACAUGUUCUCUGGGUAUUCACCGCUGUGACUACAUGCUGGACUGGCGUGGGGACGACGGCGGUAUGGGUCUCAGACAGAUCGAGAUCAACACAGUUGCAUGCAGCAUCCAGGGCUUUGCCCCUGGACUGAAGUCGUUCCACGAGUAUGUGUCCUCUCGAUAUGCUGAAAAUGAGACUUUCAAUGUUCCCCAGAACUUGUGUUUAGAAGCUACAGUGGAUGCAUUUGCAAUAGCUUGGAAUGAGUUCAAGAACGAAGAAGCUGCUAUUCUGUUUGUGGUGGAAGAGGAAACAUUCAACAUGUACGAUCAGCUAGCCAUAGAAGUCGACCUCUGGAAAAGGUAUUCCAUCAAAUGUUUGAGGAGGACGUUGUCACAGGUACAUGGGGAAGCCAGACUUGGUCCGGGCCGUCAGCUGAUUCUUUUGGACAUCGUGUGUGCAGUAGUGUACUUCAGAGCCGGCUACUCCCCCAGUGACUACCCCACUGACAAGGAGUGGGAAGCUCGACUUCUGAUUGAAAGCUCCACUGCCAGUCUCUCUCCCAGUGCGGCCUACCAACUGAUGGGAACAAAGAAAGUGCAACAGUGUCUUGCUUCACCCGGGGCCCUAGAACAGUUUGUCAGUGAUCCAAAGUUGGUGAAGAAAAUGAGAUCAACGUUUGCCGGGCAAUACGCACUGGACAAGACUCCGGAGGGAGACAGAGCUGUAGAACUGGCUCUACAGGAUCCGGACCGGUUUGUCUUGAAACCUCAGCGAGAGGGCGGAGGGAAUAAUUACUAUGGAAACGAUGUCCGUGUGAAGAUGGAAGAGAUAAGGGAUACGCCGGAGAGGGAGGCUUACAUUUUAAUGGACAGGGUUCACCCCCCACCCCAGAUGGGUCUGAUUCUGAGACCACAUCCACGUGUUUUGGAACUGGAACGAGAACCUGUGAUCAGCGAACUGGGAAUCUACGGAACAUAUGUUAGGAGAGGUGAGAAGGUUGUGCUGAACACGGCAGCUGGUCACUGCCUCAGAACCAAGCCGGUGGCAGUGAAUGAAGGAGGCAUAGGAGUAGGUGCGUCUUACCUGGACUCUCCGUCGCUCGUAGCAACAGAGGAUUUCAUUAGGAAAAUCAAACACUCGAUAAUCAUGUAAUUCCAAUCAUGCAUGCUCCCAAACGACCAUUCUUUAUAGUUUUGAAAUUCAAUUAACCUCCAAUGAUAAUGUAUCAAUAAUUAUACUUGUAUCAAACUGAACGUAUCAAUAAUGAUACUGGUUAUUGCACAUCACUUAUAAAAGGUAUACAACAAAACACACUUGUUAAGAAAAUACAUGGUUUUUCUCCGGUUGUUGACUAGGAAGACUCGACCAGCUCGAUCUUGAAUUUUCCAGUGUCUUCGAGAUUCUUUAUGAUGUCAGUCUCUCCUAAUGCAACACUUGGUGUGAGGUAGCCUCUGACGGAGGGAGGGAGGGAGGGAGGGAGGGAAGUGAGGAGUGGAGAGAGAGGAGUGAAGAAAGGAGGGAGGGAAUGGUUUUUUGGUCACAUGAAAGAAGAGGGUUAAAGGUGGCGCGGCAGGAGCAGAAGUGGCAAUUGUCCAAACAACACUCACCCUUCAGGCAUGGCAUCCCUCUCGUACACCAUACACAGUGCUGACUGCACCAACAUGGCCGACGUCGCCACGUACCCCGGCUCUGGGGGUGGGAGGAGGUCACAUGACAGUCAUGUGACCAUAUAAAGUUUGACCUCAGUCACUGACCUACCUGCACCACGUAACUUGACAACCAUCUUGGUAUCGGGAGCUUUAGAUCUAUCAGCCGAGCUGGGACUGUACCCAAAUGCUUCAAAUGUGACUGUGAACGUCGCUUUCUCCAACUGCAUUUGAAGAGGAGAGAGAGAAGAGAGAGAGAGAGAACAAGAGAGGAGAG